AUUUUUCGGGCGAGAAAGCUGAUUGUUCGCCUGCUUUCCAGAAGGUCGCAUAUAAUGGAAAAUAUAUAUAUAUAUAUAUAUAUAUAGAUUCAGGUUUUUGCAUACUUCCAGCCGCCCGAAUUCCGCCUCCUCGGCGUUGAUUCGACCACCACUGGACGACGGCAAAGAACCUCUUUCACGUCCGAAUCAUUCUUGCCGAAGGACAGAACCGUUCUCCACUUCCGACCGUCCUGGAAGACAACAAGAUACGAAGCAUCAGAAAAGGCUAAACCCACUGACAACAACUAAAGCAAAGAAACCGUUUGGUUAAACAAUCUGCAUGCCCGUUCAAAAGAGAACCAACUUCAAAAGAUAGAACCAGCAGUCGAAGAGUAAGGAGGACGAAACCGAAUUGAACACAAGAAAGAAAGCACGAGAGUAGGCUUCGACUUUUUGAUUGAGUCGAACAACUGAGAGGCUUCCCAGAGCUGAGUGCACAACUCCAAUUUGUCAUACCAUCCUUCUUCUUGUUAGGGCUUGGAGGGUUGCAGACUUGCAGUUUUCCUGUAUAAUUACGCACUCACUAACCAUGCCAUACAUAGGAGUGCCAAAAUGAUUUCGAUUUUCAUGCUGUAGAAUAUUGCGAUUCCUCCAUAGUUUUGCAUCAGCAUUUGAAUUGAAAAUUAUCAACUUGAUCGGGCUAUCUAGGAAGUGAUUUUGUUUCUUGCUUUUUGAAUUCCUGUAAAGGAAAGCAAGUGAUCUGUUUGGAGGUUUGAUUAUGGAGGGUGAAACAUUUAUUUCUCACAAACCAUCGACUCCUUCAUCGCUCAACCCUCCUCGGAUAAUCUGCCACGUACAGGUGUCAUAAGCAAUUUUCCCAGUACACAUGCCCUCGAUGCAAUUCGCGAUACUGUUCUCUCCAAUGCUACAAAUCUCACAGUCUUCGCUGUACUGAAUCAUUCAUGCAAGAAAAUGUAGUUCAGGAGCUUCAGCAAAUGCAUCCUGAUGAUGAAACCAAACAGAAAAUGCUAGACAUACUGAAAAGAUAUCAUUCAGAAGAGGAAUCUGAUAGUAUGGAUGAGGAUUAUCCUAGUCUGUCUGCGGAGAUCAUAGAGAAGGUUUUGUCUGGAGGUGAAGUCAGCUUUGAUGAUUUAUCCAUGGAAGAGAAGAAGCGGUUUCAAAGGGCCAUUGCAUCAGGGGAAUUGAGCAAGAUGUUUAAACCAUGGGAUCCGUGGUGGUUCAAGCCUUCUGCUAGAAACAUCUCUUUGAGUAAGGAAGGAACUCAACUUGUCCAUCCCCUUUCAGAGGAGAAUGAAGUGGAAGAUGUCAUUGGAAUUAAUGAAUGCAGUGACAUCCCUCCUGGUCCUGAAACCCCACUUCCUCCGGUUAGCAGUCUUAGUUCAAGAGAGCCGUCGCCCCUUUUAACCGUUCACCUGGUUGAUAUCUUGUAUAGCUACUGCUUCACUCUUCGCCUGUACAACGGAGACUGGAGGUCAGAUGCUUUAGGGUCAGCAAUGGUUGCAUUGAGUGUUUCCUCAGUCUUGGGUCAAGGUGAGCAGCCAGAGAGUGUACUUGAAGCUCUCUCUUAUUGCUUGGAGCAGGUGUGCUCGCCAGCUUAUAGACACAUGGGAGGGCUACAAUUUGGUUUGAAUCUAAUUGACGAUGUGAUAGGUUUACUUUCAUUGGGAAGUUCUGCUUUGGUGUGCGCCCUUUCUGAUAUGAACCGGUUGAUUCAAUCAGGGGAAAAGGAGCUCAAAUCUAGUAAACCCAGAAAACAGAGGAGGGAUGAGAUUAGAAGUAAUCUUAAAAUGGCACAAAGGAAGGUAUAUUUCAUCAUGUGUUGGGUUCAUGAGCAGCAUGAGGAAGCUUGGUGUUCCUUGGCUGCCAUUGUACAAGCAGAAAAGACAUCUGUCAUGGAGUUGGAAUGGAGUAAUAGAAGGGAAGGAUUGAAAAGUAAACCGAAAACCAAGGGCAAAUGUUUGAUUGAGGAGAUAAAGUGAGUUAGGUUGGCAGAUUGCCAUCUAACUCCCUUUUUUUUCUUCACUAUUUCCCUGUAUUUAUAGGUGCUAAUGCUUGAACUGAUUAGUGUACGCGUAGCUGUUGUAGAUCCAUAUAUUUUCUUAUUGAAAUGAGUUUUCUCAUUUGGAUGGAUUUGGCAUUCUUGCGUGUGGGAAAGACUCAUUCAAUGGAAGGAUACUGAAUAUAGCAAAAUUGUCUUUUUUUAAUCAAUAGUUAAGUUUUUAUUUUUA